AUGGCAGUUACGAAGUUAAAUGGCCCUGGAAUUCCCUCCAUUAUUGCAAACCAAUUUCGGACUGGCAUAUGGACAUCUAAAGAGCUUACUGCUCAGAUGAAGAAACCACCAAGGAGUCUACAGAAAUCUUACAGGAGCAACUUUCAGCUGGAAUUAUUGAAAUGUUUGAUACAACCGCCAAGAUGCGAUGACGAAAUAGGCCAUUAUCUGCCGCAUCAUAUGGUUAAACGAGAAGAGAAAAGAGGCAGAAUUGUUUACGAUGCGUUGGCAAAAUGUAGCGGAUACAGAAGUUUAAACGAAUGUCUAUAUGGAGGUGCUUCGAUGAUCGAAGACUUGACAGCACUGUUACUGAAAUUCAGAUUGGACCAGAUUAGUAUGGUGGCAGAUGUAGAAAAGGCGUUCCUGCAGAUCGGUCUGCAAGAAGAAGACAGAGACGUCACCAGGUUCUUAUGGGUGAAAGAUUUCAGCAAUGAAUUGACAGAAGAUAACAUAAUACAAAAGGGAUGGAUGAAGAAUUAUCAAUGA